AUUUUCGACACGCACAUAUGGUGUACACUCAACAUAUCACCCCAUCCACAACGAAUCCUUCGUGUAUGGUGACUAGUUGUAGCAGCGUCCACUUUCUCCUUUGAUGGGAUUAAUCCUGAUCAGAGGACCGUUUGUCACGGCAGGUGUUCGAUGAAAUGCCUCUGACAAUGCUUUGUUGAUUCUUUGGAUUACGCGUGGAAUUGUUCCGGCACUGGACGAAGCUGAAGCGGUUAGCUACAGGGUUCUGAACUUUGCGACUGGAUUUUGAGGGGUCGCGGAAGCGGUUGACACGGGUAUCCAUGGCUUUUAGAGGUCGCGGCCGCGGCCGAGGGAGAUUUGGCGGUGGUGGCGGCACCUCCUUUGCCAAGCAAGAGCCUUUUGUUCUUUUCCCGGAUGUCGAUUUACCUGCAGUGCGAGAUGUGUCUAAGGAGGAAAGGGCACUUGUAGUUUGGAGUUCAAGGCUACAAAAUUUCUGGAAAUCGUCUCCUUAUUACCUUGAAGAGACCAUUUCAAGCGCAAGCCAAAGCACCGAUAUAGAGAGAUUCUCUGACCGGGAAAAGAUAAAGGCCAAGCCGACACGUGAUUCAUUCAUGCAGUUCCUAGAUGCUAAUGCUUCUAAUUUCCCCAGGGAACUUGUAGCAGUAGAUACUCGAGAGGAACAGAGGAGAAAGAGGAGAAAGGUGCAGUGGAACCCAGAGUCAGGCUUGCAGAAGCUAGAUCUCUUUGAGAAGCUUGAGCAGAAGUAUCAGGGCCAAGAAGAGAAAGGUGAAAAGGAAAAGAAAGAAGGCGAAGAAGAAGAGCAAGAUGAUGAAGUGGAGGAGGCUGAUGAAGAAUUUAGUGAUGAUGGGGAUUACAACCAGAAUGUAGACUUCGAUGAUGAUGAAGACGAUUUCAACAUGGCAGAUGACAAUGACGAUGAAGGCAUUUUUUAGUUACUCUUUCAACGUGUUUCGGCCGGCCCUUCUCGAUUAUACUAAUAUGCACAUCCAAGCUCAAGGAAUCCUAACUUGGCAGUUGGCAUUUGCCCGGCUUUUUUGCAUUCAAGAAGAAGAUGGCCUGUAUAUACGAUGUUCCAUGCAGCAGCAAGUCGGCCAGCAGCAUCGUUUAUGCGAUUCUUUUUUAUCGAACGUCUCUCUCUUAGAUUUUGACAUUCCUCGUAUGGAGGACAUGGUUCGAGCUCAUUUUAGCUUGCAUCUGUCGGAUGACCCAGUCCCCCCUCCUUGGGGACCUCACAAAUUUCUGCCAAUUCCUUCUGGCCUUAAUCAAGGGUUGUGCUAGAGUUCAUCAAAUGUUCCUAGUCGCCAAUGCUAUGACCGCACUCCACAUUUUCGAAUCACUUUAAGUUUC